ACAAUACAUGCGCAUGUUGUCAUGACCCGAAGGGAUUAUCAUAUAUUCCUCAGUGGAUGCUGGAUGAUCAUGCAGAGAAUGCUCAUACUUACAUCUCCCACCCCGUCAGCUUCUACCGCGCUAAUGCUCCUUUACCCAUACUCACGCUGGUCUCAGCUUGUAUUCAGCCCCCCCUCUCCCUUUAGCUGGCUAGGGACGUUGAAUGCAUCUAACCCCGAACUCAGCUCGCCAUCCUGGCAUUUCUGGGCCUCACCACGCAAAGGAAAAGAGGUUGGCGCAUAAAUGAACAUAAUGAUCCCUUGCACUCUCAUUGCAUCUAUAACACCAUAGUCAAUCGACCCAGUUUUCGAAUUGCAGGUACUGAAGCUGAUAGUUAGGUCUUAAUUAAUUUUCCUGUUUGCGUGUGCAAAACAUGUAGUCUCACUCCUCGGAUGGGACGCUUUGCUUCGAUAGUUAGUUGUUGUAUGUUGACCGAAUCAUGGGGCGAGAAGGUAGGUCUGUC